GUGAACACAAGACAGAAGCCACACCCGCGGUUUCUUUAUAAACUUCCUUAUUUCAGUCGUGCAGUUUCUGCCUCUGCAGCUGCACUUUACUUCACUGUGUGUUCGUAGUUAGAGAUGCCGCCAAUACUUGCCUUGUGGGAAUGACCAACAAAGCUGAAGUCUUUCUACAUUUAGCAUUUAUACAACACAUACCCAGAAAAUGAUAAUGGAUAUAUUUGUUUAUCAUCUUGAAUAAGUACAAUUAAAAUCUAUAGGUUAAUUAAGUCUGUAAGGCCAUAAUAAGGAAUAACAAAAUUAAGACUAGAGGCAUUGAUUGAUCUCUAUUUCCAGUAUGACAGAGAAUCUAUAUGAGAUUAAUGACCUAACUAAUAGCAGUAACAGUUUAAAUAUUACAAGAUGUGGUUAUGCUAUGCAUAGUACCUCAUUACAACCAUCACCAAUGUCUCCACAUGUUAACCAAAAGUAUAUGCCAUCCCCUACAACGCCACAAAAUGAGCUUUCUCCACUUCUUGACAUAACACACAAUGAAGGAUCUUGGGACCACAGUCAACUCGAGAAGUCUGCAUCUUCCAUGUUAAAUGAGACUAUGAAUUCCCAUGUUGUCUACCCCUUCAGUAUUGCUGAGGCUUUACACGGACUGGACUCCUUUUCCAAGGCAUUUCCUGUAAAAAACCCAAGCACUGUUUUUGUUAACAGUGUAGGUGACAAAAGUUCAGAAGAUAAUCAGGUGUCAGAAAUCUUGUCACCCCAGAGAGGAACACCUUCAGCUGUGUCAGAUAGAGAGCCAUUUAGUCCCGUAACUAUGCAGAGCCGACCAAUGCAGUGCCAUAAUCAGCUAAUGCAAGAUCACCUUGACAGCCAAAAUAUGGCUCAUAAUGCCUACCAAAGCCACCAACAAUAUUAUGGUUAUCAACAAAACAAACCACAGCUGAGACAGAACAAUUUAGCACAAGUAUACAAGGUACCCUUUAAUAAGUCUCAGAACCAGUAUCUUCUACAGCAUCAAGGACAUCAAAUCCAUCAGCAUCAGCAGCUUCAAUCGUAUUCAUUAGCCCAGCAAAAGCAGCAAAUUUCCCUAGAUGUUAGGGAGGGCCAUGAAUCCAUUGGAUCACCAACAGAUAGCUACACUGAGGACCAUAAAGCAUAUGAGCAACCAGUUUUCCAGUCUAGUCUACACACCUCCCAUUUCCAGGGGUCACAGAAUUUUCUCUCACUUCCCCACCAGAGUGAUUUCUACCAGCAGCAGCAGGCUAAUGAGCUAACACACUCAUUCCCUUUUAAGCAAAAUCCUUCUUUUGAAGAUCACUUGGGAUCAGGUGAAAUUAUGCCGGGAUUUUCCAAUACAAAGGAGGAGGUUUAUAUGGAUUUAAACUACCACCACAAACAUGAGGACUUCUGUAGUACCCAUUAUCAAAGUGUGGGGUCAGAGGUCAAUCAAACGGCUCAGUCAUUAGCUCUAAGAGGAGGAGGAGUACGUCAUCAUCUUAACUCUUACAGGCCACCUUGUGAACAGAUGCGCUCAUCAGAUAUCCAAGAGGACCAACAAUUACAAUACUACAGGACUGAAUCAUCAAGGGCUGAAGGAGCAAAAACAAAGAUGAAAUGCAUUUUAUGCCACCGGGAGUUUAAGAGCUUGCCAGCUCUUAAUGGACACAUGCGUUCCCAUGGAGGAUUCAGGACAAAUCCCUCAAUACUGAAAACUGUUUCCUUACAGACUGAUGAACAAAUUCAUCAAUCUAAAGAAGUAAUUCCAAUUGACCCCAUGGUGUUCCCUGUAUCUGUUCCUGUAAAUGAAUACUCAGGUCUAUCCAGGCUUCCAAAUAACUUUCAUAACCACCUGAGACAUAAUUAUUUGGAUGACUUAGAUGAAAGUCAUCCACAGCAACAGAAGGUUCUCCCUUCACGUGCAAAAAAAUCAAUAGGAGCUGGAGAUGGACAAGAGAAAAAACAAGAGAAAAAGCGGUAUCGACACUGCCUGGUGCCACUUGUAAUUUCCCCGUGUGGAGCUGGUCUAGAGUCCAGAGGGCCGGUGCUUUUCCAGAGCCAGCUGCGUUCACCAAGCAGCUGUGGAGAUGACAUCCCUUACACUCCUCCACCCAUGCUCAGCCCUAUACGACCAGGCUCUGGCCUUUUCAGUAGUGUUAAUACAGGGCACUCAAGUACUGGAGCACAGACUGUUCCUCGAGUUCGCUUGUGUGACAAACAUGACUGCAAUACAACAUUUGAUUCAGGGGAUAAUUCAAGUAGAAUUAAACCCCGGAUCAAUAUUGGUUGCAGUUUUCAAGCAGACAUUCCAGAUAUUCAGAGUUGCUUAAAAGUGUCAGAGGACAUCCAUAAGGCUAAUCUUCUGUGGACACCCUGCUAUUUGGAUACCCCUGAGAAGCAGCAGAGAGUGGACGAUCUUCUAAAGAUGGCAUGUUCCAGUGUGCUUCCAGGAGGAGGGACAAACACAGAAUACACUCUUCAUUGUCUUUUUGAGUGUAGGGGUGACAUCAUGGCAACCCUGGAUAAACUACUCUCAGUGACAGCACUAAAACAUGGACCCAGCCUUCAUACAAAUUACCAUUAUGCUGGAUCAGAUAAAUGGACACUGCAAGAAAAGAGACAACUUAACAAGGCCUUGCUAAUUCACAACAAAGAUUUUCAUCUAAUUCAAAAAAUGGUGAAGACUAAGUCAGUAGGUCAGUGUGUCGAGUAUUACUACACAUGGAAGGAGAAGCUCCGACUGGGCAGGAGAUUCAGUACAGGCCCGAUAACUCCAGGUCAAGUGAAAGAGAAUAAGGUUCAUGUGAAGGAAGGUAACACCAGACAACCUACACAUGAAGCAAAGAACAAAUCUGAAGUGCUGGAAUUUACUGAGCUGUCUGAAAAUAUGUUUAAUGGGAAUGAAUGGAACCAAAGUAAUACAGGUGGGCUGUGUAAUUCCCCAGCUGAACAUAACAGACCCAAGUCAGCUCAGCACUUUGCUUCUGGCUCUGUAAAAAGCUCACCAUCAAACAGUUCAACAAAUGGAGACACUGACUCAAAUCUGAUCUUCCCCUGCAUUGAAUGUGGAAAAGUGUUUCUUAAGGUGAAAAGUCGUAAUGCUCACAUGAAGACUCAUCGCCAACCAGAUGAUCCUCAGUUUUGGCAGCUUCAGAGCUUUCCUGAACAGGAACAAAAGACAGUGACACCUGCCAGCCCUACCGUUCACCUACAUCAACUGCCCCUUACUCCUCAUUCUGUAUCUUGCAGCAAUAAUGGAGACAUUUACAUUAACAAUCCAUAAACACUGCAACAAGCAGACUGCCUCUUGCAGAGCCAUAAUCUUAAAGUGUAAUAUUGUGUCCUCUGCUGACCUGGAUGUUGACAUGUCAAAUGUCAAAAUUCUGGCCAAAAUACCAUGGUUCAGAGAUUUUGUACA